AUGGCGAAGCAUGGUGGUGGGACGGCUACGGUGUCAGGGGCCCAUGUGUACCAUGUGACGUCGUCAACGGUGAACCCAAUGUUAAUCGGCGAUCAGCUGCGAUUCACGUACCAGCACUUCUCCAAGUCGCCCCUCCUCGACAUAGCAGGGCGGGCCAUCCUAGUGCAGCCGGCGUCCACCCUCGGCAGCAUGGAGGAGUUCGUCAGGUACGUGCAGUCCCACACCCUGCUGCGAGAAGGAAGCACCGAGGGCAUGUCAUCGCGGCGAGCGCGCAGUCGUCUCCGUGCCAAGGCCUUGGAGGAGCAGAUCAUCCACCUCAGCGGCAUCUACGAGCCGUACACCUUCUGCCAGGGCAGGUUUGACAGCGCCAACACGGAGGUGCUCUUCGCGGAGAUGUCGGCGCAGGAGAGAGCGAGGUUCCACUUCGACAUGAGGAGCGUCGACUGGAUGGACUAUAUAUCACCAACAUUCACAUCCCAGGGCUCAGGGAGCAUGUCCUCAAGGAAAAGCAGCAGCAGACGGGUCUCAAUGAACCCACCAGUGCAACACAUAUAUAGCCGCUUCAGUUGA